GCUAAUGGUGCCGGUGUCAUUUUAAGUGUUUGUGAUGAGGAAGUUGCUCGCUACGAGACUGCUACCCUGACUGCAGCCGCUGUUCCUGCACUUCUGCUUCCACCUCCAACGACGCCUAUGGAUGAGCAUCUCGUUGCAGGACUGCCAGCACUUGAGCCAUAUGCACGUUUAUUUCAUCGUUAUUAUGCAAUUGCUAGUCCAAGUGCCACCCAGAGGCUUCUUGUUGGACUUUUAGAAGCUCCACCAUCUUGGGCUCCGGAUGCACUUGAUGCUGCGGUACAACUAGUGGAACUUCUACGAGCAGCUGAAGAUUAUGCAUCUGGAUUGCGUCUUCCUAGGAAUUGGAUGCAUUUGCAUUUCUUGCGUGCAAUUGGAAUUGCCAUGUCCAUGAGAGCAGGAAUUGCUGCAGAUUCUGCAGCGGCUUUACUUUUCCGAAUACUUUCUCAACCUGCUUUGCUUUUUCCUCCCUUACGGCAAGUUGAAGGAAUUGAAGUUCAACAUGAACAUGUGGGUGCAGAAGCCACCAUUGAAGCCACAGUUGAAGCCACUGCCCAAGGGAUUGCAUCAAUGCUUUGCGCACAUGGUCCAGAGGUUGAAUGGAGAAUAUGUACCAUCUGGGAAGCUGCUUAUGGCUUGAUUCCUUUAAGUUCAUCUGCGGUUGAUCUCCCUGAAAUUGUAGUUGCUACCCCUCUACAACCACCCAUUCUUUCAUGGAACUUGUAUAUACCCCUCCUUAAGGUUCUAGAGUAUCUUCCUCGUGGGAGUCCAUCGGAAACUUGUCUCAUGAAAAUAUUUGUUGCUACCGUUGAAGCAAUUCUCCAGAGAACGUUCCCACCUGAUUCCUCUAGAGAGGAAAACAGAAAAACCAGAUACGUUUUUGGCUCUGCCUUCAAGAACCUUGCUGUGGCAGAAUUGCGAACCAUGGUUCAUUCGUUGUUCUUGGAGUCAUGUGCCUCGAUAGAGCUUGCUUCUCGUCUUCUUUUCGUUGUCUUAACUGUAUGUGUCAGCCACGAAGCAAAACCAAAUGGGAAUAAAAGGCCUAAAGGCGAGGAUUCUCACCCACCUAGUGAAAUAGGGGUAGACACACUCGCAACCGUUGGAGAAGAGAAAAAGAUAGGAAGUAAGAAAGUGAAAAGACAAGGACCUGUCGCUGCAUUUGAUUCUUAUGUUCUUGCAGCUGUCUGUGCUCUUUCUUGUGAACUUCAGCUCUUCACUUUGAUUUCAAGAGGGACAAAUCAGCCAGAUCCGAAAAUCAUCAUGGAUGAAGCAAAACCUGCAAAUGAUUCAUCUAUUGAGUUACAAAAUGGGAUUCAUUCUGCCGUCUGUCAUACUCGGAGGAUAUUGGCAAUUUUAGAGGCACUGUUUUCCUUGAAGCCAUCUUCUGUUGGAACUUCAUGGAGCUACAGCUCAAAUGAGAUAGUUGCUGCAGCUAUGGUAGCUGCUCAUAUUUCUGAUCUGUUUAGACGUUCCAAGGCUUGCAUGCGUGCUCUUUCUAUCUUGAUACGGUGUAAGUGGGAUAAUGGAAUUCAUUCCAGGGCAUCUUCACUAUAUAACCUAAUUGAUAUUCAUAGCAAAACUGUCGCAUCAAUUCUCAACAAGGCUGAACCAUUGGAAGCUUAUUUAAUACAUGCACCAGUACUAAAGGAGCGGCCCAGAUGCUUAAAUGGGAAAAAACAUUAUAAAUACACAAGUCGUACAGCAGAACAGCCAUCAGUGCCUCAGUGCAAAGACUCUGAUUGUAAAGCUUCAAUUGUGUGCGGAGAAGGUUCACACUCAAGUGAGGUUGCAGGGUGCACCAUCAGCAAAGUGUUUGCAAAUUUCUCUUUAGAUGCUUCAGAUUUGGCCAAUUUUCUGACAAAGGACAGGCAUAUAGGAUUUAAUUGCAAUGCACAAGAUCUUUUAAAAUCAGUGCUUGCGGAGAAACAAGAAUUAUGUUUUUCUGUUGUCUCAUUGCUCUGGCACAAGUUAAUUGCAUCACCUGAAACCCAACCCAGUGCAGAAAGCACUUCUGGCCAGCAAGGAUGGAGACAGGUGGUCGAUGCACUAUGCAAUGUUGUAUCAGCGUCACCUGGAAAAGCUGCAACAGCCAUUGUUCUUCAGGCUGACAGGGAAUUGCAACCAUGGAUUGCUAAAGAUGAUGAUCUUGGUCAGCAGAUGUGGAGAAUCAACCAACGUAUAGUAAAGUUGAUAGCAGAACUAAUAAGGAAUCAUGAUAUAGCAGAAUCUUUGGUUAUUCUGGCUAGUGCCCCAGACCUCCUUUUACGGGCCACAGAUGGGAUGCUUGUCGAUGGAGAAGCAUGCACCUUACCGCAACUGGAGCUUCUGGAAGUGACAGCUAGAGCAAUUCAACCAGUGCUUGACUGGGGAGAAUCCGGACAGGCAGUUGCUGAUGGCCUCACAAACCUCCUGAAGUGUCGCUUAACAGCCACAGUUCGCUGUGUUUCUCAUCCAAGUGCACACGUCCGUGCUCUCAGCACAUCGGUUCUUCGUGCCAUUAUGUAUGCUGGUUCAGUAAGAUCUUCAAGUGCUAAACAAGCAGAUGUAAAUGGUUUCCACAGUCCUGCUUAUCAGUACCUAAGCAUAAGCAUCAUUGACUGGAAAGCGGAUAUUGAGAAAUGUUUGAUGUGGGAAGCAAAUAGUCGGCUUGAAAAUGGGAUGUCUGCUCAAUUUCUUGAUACUGCUGCUAGGGAAUUAGGCUGUACUAUAUCAAUCUGAAAAUUCACUAUUCUGGGGCCUAUAUUAGGUUUCUCUGUACUUAUCUUGGUAAAGUCACUUUUUGUUGGCUUGAGGAUGAGGAAAGGACAGAAUGCAAAUGAUAUGUAGUUAGAAAAUGAUAUUUAAAGAGUCCUUUCGGCCAUCCACCGUUGGUGUACAAUGGAAUGUAGAUAGUCCUCCUCCAUUUUUAUGUUUGUUGUAUGUCCAGAAACGAACAUGUUUGUGAAAGAAGUAGAUGUAACAGUGUAUAUUCGAGUGACUUACAAAAGGCUGGCUCAGCUUUAGAAUUUUUCCUCGAGUCGCCUCCAUGUAAUAACACUUUGUUGUACAUUCAGCAAGUAAAUGAUAUUUGGAGUUUUUGUUUUUA